AUGGUUUCCCAUCAGGAUUUCCAUCCCAAGGUAGAUAAUCAGUUGAGUAAAGCGGAAAAGAGGAAGCGAAGAAGAGCAACUCCAAAAUACCGAUGUCUUCAUGCUACCAGAGAACGGUCAGUCGUAUUUUAGCAUCGUUUUCUCCUUGUUCAUUAGGCUAUUUUUUCAACAAGACCGGUUUUCUUUGCUUGAAUAUGUCAAAGGGCUGGCCAAAUGUUGGAUUGGCCUACAAAUCUUAUAAAAAUUAAGUGAAAAUUUUCUCAUACAAAUAUCCUCCGAUGUUUCAAAUUUUUUAAAAUCGGUUUAUGAAAGAAAAUAGUAGGCUCACGUACCGUAACCUUGUCAUCUUUUAGCUCUGCUUUCCCAAUUUCCCUUGCAUAAAUUGACAUCCGAAAGUGUUUCUUGCGCUCCCGUUGUUUCUGUUGCUCUUUCUCCGCUUCUCCAUAGUCUUAAUCUUAAUCCCAAGAUGUCCCAGGUCCAUUUUCCAUGACUUCCUUCUGACCAAUGUCCUUUUUCUUGGUUACACUUUUUAAACCCAUUUUUUGGACGACCUAAUUACACCCCUGGAUUCGGUGUAAAUUUCUUUUUACACAUAAAAAAUGAGUAAAAGUCGGGGCAAGCUGUUUUCGAGACCUUAAUUCCCUUAGAAUUCAGUAAUUACCAGUAGUUUUAUUGUGUUUGGGAACAAAAAGUUGUCGGCAUGACCCUUUCCUUGUUUUUUAUAGCGUAUUAUAUGGGUCUGAAUGGUUUUGGAUAAUCUCAGGGAGCCGUGGAUUAGAUGGAUAAUUGCCAGAGGGGCUGUUACGUGAAUAUGGUGAUAUCCACGCAACUGUUAUGUCAGAAAAGACUUAAUGUUUGACAGUUUUCUCUCCUGAACGGCAAUUUUUGGAGGCUUUUACAUUCUUUUUGACCUUUUACGCAAAUUUUUGUUUCAGAAUCCGCGUCGAAGCCUUCAAUUCAGCCUUCCUGGAACUCCGAAAUCUGAUCCCGACCCUUCCCCAGGACAAGAAAUUAUCCAAAAUCGAGAUUUUGAAGCUGUCGAUCGCCUACAUCAAGUAUCUGAAUUAUCUGCUGUCUCUGUGA